ACUGCUUCUCCUUUAUUUUCAAACAGACAAAAAAAAAACAAGAAGUCUCAGCCGAAUCAAGACCUAUAAAUUUAUUUUGGCAUUUAAAAGAAAUAGUGGUUCGAAAAUAAAAAUGUUAUAAUUACAUGGAGGAUUACAUAUAUUGAAGUUGACUUUAUGGUUUGCUGAUUAUUUAUACCACCGUUCUUCUGUCCUCUCGUUCACAAAACUCCCGAUAUUCUUCUCCAUCCCUCUCUCCCCUCUUUACAUAGUACUUACAUCAACGUAUCAUCAACAACAAGUAAACGAAUCUUCAGAUAUUAAUAGAAAUGGAGGAGACAGAAAAGAAUAAGGGCAGCAUAAGUAUGGUUGAGGCUAAUCUACCUCCUGGUUUUAGAUUCCAUCCUAGAGACGACGAGCUCGUCUGUGACUACUUAAUGAGAAGAACCGUUCGCAGCCUCUAUCAACCAGUUGUCUUGAUCGACGUCGAUCUUAACAAAUGCGAGCCUUGGGACAUUCCUCAAACGGCGAGAGUGGGAGGGAAAGAAUGGUACUUUUACAGCCAAAAAGACCGUAAAUACGCAACAGGCUACAGAACAAACCGGGCUACGGCCACCGGUUAUUGGAAAGCCACCGGGAAAGAUAGAGCAAUCCAAAGAAACGGUGGUCUUGUGGGUAUGAGAAAGACACUUGUGUUUUACCGAGGUCGAUCCCCUAAAGGUCGUAAAACUGAUUGGGUCAUGCAUGAGUUUCGUCUCCAAGGAAAACUUCUUCACCACUCCCCUAAUUCUCUCGAGGAAGAGUGGGUAUUGUGUAGAGUUUUCCACAAGAACAGCAACGGAGCUGAUAUAGACGACAUCACAAGGAGCUGCUCUGAUGCAACAGCUUCUGCAUUCAUGGACUCUUACAUCAACUUCGACCAUCAUCACAUCAUCAAUCAGCAUGUACCCUGCUUCUCCAAUAAUUUGUCACAUAACCAAACCAACCAAUCCGGUUUAAUCUCCAAGAACUCCAGCCCAUUGUUUAAUGCUUCCCCUGAUCAAAUGAUUCUCAGAACUUUGCUAAGUCAACUCACAAAAAAAGUCGAAGAAUCACAGAGUCGUGGAGACGGAAGCUCAGAGAGCCAAUUGACCGACAUUGGCAUCCCAAGCCAUGCAUGGAAUUACUGAUUAUGAAUAAGGCUUACCAGAUAUAUCACUAUGUAUAAGUAUCAUAUUCAUGAUUCGAAACAAUUUAUUCAACCCUCUUAUGUAAACUGUUAUACCAUUAUAUUAGCAAUCCAAUCAUAUAUAGUUGCUAAAAAAGCAAAAAAUCAUUAAAUUUCUGUUAUAUAAUAUUUUAUUUAC